GCACAUUGGCAAAAGCACAGAACGUUUCUUUGUCUUAGAGGAAAAUAACGAUGAAAGCGUGGCGGCCUGGGAACACCGCCGCAUUCGAAUGGCCAGCUCCAUUGGGAACGGCAUCAAGGAAAACUACCUGAAAACCAGCAAGACUGACUUAGCCGCGUUUGUGGAAAGUUCGUCCAGGGACACAGUGAAAACUGGUAUACUUCUGGAUCCCAACAGGAAACGAAGAAAGAAGUCUGUCUUAUUGCUUUCAUUGACGGCGCUGGGAAAUCUUACUAAAACAAGACCUGGAGGGAAGACCACAGACAGGAAAGGAGCUAGCAGACGAUCACUAUCUGAGCAACCCCGAGAAGCUGAUGAAAAAGAUAUUGUAACAGCUAUAAAGGAAACGGUGGUGGCCAUGACAAACAGAGGCAGAAGGCGCCGUUUCGGAAUAGGCAUCGUAGGGGAAUUCUUCGAGCGGAAAGUCCGAGGCAGCAUCAUUAAGUCGGUCAAACCGCAAAUAGAUAAUCUGGAUGAUAACAGGCCAUAUUUCUCCUACUGGGUGACUUUUGUGCAGACUGUUAUUAUGCUUACAGCCAUCAUAGUCUAUGGCCAUGCUCCCAUUGGUAUAGGAGUUUCGACCGUGACCGGCAGCGUUGACAUGCCAAACCUAGCUAUUCAAACAGAGCAUCGUAUGGAAGUGGAGAAUUUGUGGAUCGGACCCCGCCAGGUUUUGAUGUCUCUGCAAUUAACACCCCCCUCAACUUGCUUGAGGUUUGUCCCAUUUACUUGUGGAGUUGGAGUAAUUAUUGUCUGGGACUUGAGGAUGCAGAGUAUUUACUUUCUGGGACUUGGGGAGUUAAAGUACUUACUGUCUGGGACUUGGGGAAAUGUUCUCUCCACCUGGCUCAAGUGGUCAAGCGAUAACCCAGGGCCUGAUGGCCGAGUCAGUGGGUCAGUCUGUGGGCAGGACCCCAGAUACUGUAACAAUCCGUCAUCGAGUGCACCAUUUGACUGGCCAGAUGAAAUUACAAAAUGGCCUAUCUGCCAGGAGACAACCCCCAUCAACCAGUCACUGGCCCACAUGAAAAACAGACACAUGCACUGUGAGCUGCUGGGGCGACCUUGCUGCACUGGGAUUCAGGGCGAGUGUAUCAUCACCACCGUGGACCACUGCCAGCUUCUCAGGGGAUUCUUCCAUGGCGAGGCUGCACUAUGUUCCCAGGUCAACUGUAUUCAAGAAAUCUGUGGCAUGAUUCCAUUUGCCCAAGAAAAAAUGCCCGACCAGUUCUACAGGUUGUUCUCCUCACUCUUCCUCCAUGGCGGAGUGGUGCACCUGGGGAUGUCUAUCGUCUUCCAGAUGUGGAUCAUGAGGGAUCUGGAGAAGUUGCUGGGAACUAUCCGGAUGAUUACUAUUUAUUUUGGGUCUGGAGUGGCAGGAAACCUGGCCAGCUGUACAUUUCUUCCCUACGCCGUAGAGGUUGGACCAUCAGGAGCACAUUUCGGCGUUGCUGCGUGUCUGUUUGUGGAAGUGAUACAAAGCUACCAGAUGUUCAAACACCCUCACUUGGCGAUUAUGAAGCUCUGCCUGCCCAUCGGGCUGCUCUUCCUCCUGGGCCUCUUUCCCUGGGUGGACAACUGGGCGCACCUGUUUGGGUUUUUCUUUGGCUUUCUGCUGGCCUUCUCUCUGAUGCCUUAUGUGACGUUUGGUCACUUCGACAGACGUCGUAAACUGAUCACCGUGUUUGCUUGCCUGGGAGCAUCCGUUGUACUGUUUGCUAUGUUGAUCGUCAUAUUCUACUUCGCCCCGCUGACUGACUGCCAGUGGUGUCUAUAUUUCAACUGCAUCCCAUUGACUGCAGAGUUCUGCGAUAAUAUGUCUGUUCGACUCAAGACGAAUUCUUCUUACUACAAACUGGUUUAA